AUGGGCACCAAGCAGACCAAGGGGUGCCAGCCGGGCAGCUCCGGGGAGAGCCCCCCUGCCCAACACCGCAAGAAAGUAUCCCCCAGGGAAAGGGGGGACUUCCUCACCUCCCUCGUGGUGAAGUCCGGCGAGAAGUUUGGGAAAGGUGGUGGCAGCAGCUUGCCCCCUUAUCACCGGCGGAUCUGCAUGAUCCAGGACAUGCUGGUGCUGGUGAAGCAGGGGAAGCAGGAGGAGGCCACCGAGCUGCUGAGGCACCUGCGGCAGGAUUUAGGAAUGGAGUCCACCUCUCUGGAUGAUGUCCUCUAUCGAUACGCCAGCUUUCGAAACCUGGUGGAUCCCAUCACUCAUGACUUGAUCAUCAGCCUUGCUAGAUACAUCCACUGCCCCAAGCCGGAGGGGGACUCCCUGGGGGCCAUGGAGAAGCUCUGCAGGCAGCUCACCUACCACCUCAGCCCCCACUCGCAGUGGAGACGCCAGGGCAUGAUGAAGAGGAAGCCGCAGUCCUGCUUGAAAGCUGUCCUGAUGGGGAAGCCCCAGGACAACACCGUGGACCUGUCGGGCAUCCCGCUGACGCUGCGGGACCUGGAGCGCAUCACGUCCUACCUGCAGCGCAGCUCGGAGCAGAUCGACACGGUGGAGCUCUGCUUCACCGACCUGACGGACGAGAUGCUGCUGCAGCUGCUGCCCUCCCUCUGCCUGCUGCCCCACCUCACCACCCUCUCCCUCAAUGGCAACCGCCUCACCAAAGCCAUCCUGCGGGACCUCACCGAGACCCUGAAGGACCCCAAGAAGUUCCCCAGCAUCACCUGGAUCGACCUUGGCAACAAUGUGGACAUCUUCUCCUUGCCACAGCCCUUCCUGGUGAGUCUGAAGAGACGAUGCCCAAAGCAAGGCAACUUACCAACCAUCCUGGAGUUUGGUGAGGGGCAGGUGAGUGACCUGGAGAGCCAAGACGGGCUGGCUGAGAGCCAGGAGGACCUGAGAGCUGGAGCAGGCGGGACUGACAACGCAGCCUUGCAGCAGACGGACAGAACAGUUGAGGCUGGGGAGCUCCCCAGCUCGGAGCAAGGUGCUGCACCACAGACAUGA